UUCCCUUCUCCCCCGUUUCCUCCACUCUAUCUAGCCAUCUAUAGCUGCUGCUGCUGCUCUUCUUCUUCUUCUUCUUCUUCUUCGUCCUAUCCCAUCUUUCCUUCCACCUCUUCGCCUCGUAUUCUUCCACUUCCGGAUGACAGUUGCAACAAUGGAGCUGGGCUGGCAGGCUGCUGAAUUGUGCACAAGCUCGAUCAAGACGACAAGUGCCAAGGAGCCACACGCCUGGAGCGAGGACCCCCAGAAGAUCCUCAGCCUGAUGAUGGGAAAGCCGGUCGACAGCUCGGGACCGCUUCCGCCAGCAAUCCGUCCGUGCCAAUCCUCGGAGACUGUCCAUCUGGAUCACGAAAAAGAGCCACCGCUUCCAACCGGAUGGGAGAAGCGCCUCGACUUGAAGUCUGGCUCCAUAACUUUCGUCAACUGUAGCACCGGUUUGAGCACCAUUGACGAUCCCCGGCUCCUACAGUCCGGCUCGUUGAAUCGGAGCUCGUCUCUCUGCCUCGAUCUCCUCCAGAGCAACAGCAGCCGAGCCACCUCCGUCAAAGCUCACCACGCGAAAAACAACAGCCCGACUUCCACCUUGGAAGAGCACCUGGACCUGGAACUGAAUUUAGGAUGCAAGCCGACUUCUCCACGCAAUCUAGCAGCUGUUUCUUCUUCAUCAAAACUGGCCGCCGAGGGGACCAACUUGGACCACAAACGGACCUCUUCUUGCGACGACUGCUCCUCGUCUGGAAUUAUAGUGACCGGAUGCAAGAGCUGCCUCAUGUACGUCAUGCUGUCCCCGAAGAAUCCACACUGUCCCAGGUGUGGAAGCUACGUCGUCUUGGACAACCAAGCAGCUCCCAAGAAGAUCAAAGCAUGAACGAAAACCGAUUGGUUUUACGUCCCAGCCUGCCGCUGCUCAAGUUCCAAAUUAUUCGUGAAUUUUUUUGUCGCGCAGUAGCUACUAUCGUGUUGAUACUCGUUCUCCAACGUUUCAAGUCAUCGCCGAUGAAUGAAGAAGAAAAAUGGCUAAAUGUA